CUUUCCUUCCCCCACCCCGUUCUUCUUCUUCUCCGGCGACGAAAGGCGACAACGCCGGCCAGCAAGAGAUGUCUAGCUCCAGUCCAGCCUCCCACCCAUCAUGGCCGCGGUAUGGUCCAGUGCUGCUGACAAGAUGCCCCGACUGCCCGCGCAAGGAGCCACUGAAGCGGUUUACCUAUGUGAAGGAAGACCAUGGCAACUGUGGGCGCGAUUUCGUCAAGUGCGAGAGCAGGCCACAACAGGGGCAGGUUCUGGAGAAAUGUGGGCAUUUCGAGUGGCUCGAUGUGUACAUUGAGAGGCUACAAUUGGAUGGAUUAAUUGGUGCAAACCAGGAGCUCAAUUCGGGGCCGCUUGCUGUGGAGCCCGAGAAUUUGGCGGACAGAGCCAUUCCGAUGAUGGGCAAUGCUGAACUGAAGGGGGAAUUGAAGAAAAUAAGCAAGGAACUGAAGCAGAUGGUCGAUUUGAAGCAGCAAGCAAAUAUGAUGGUUGGAGGAUUUUAUUGUUGUACCAUUGUUAUGGGUUUCUUUUAGUUGUUGUUCACCAGUCGCUAGAAAUUGUUUGAGUUUCAGUUAAUGUGUCUAGCUAGUAGUGAACUUUUUCAGUUACAGUUUGGGCACCAUGCCCUAGAUCAUUUGCAUCCCCUCAUGAAUAAAAUGCAGCAAUUCGCCCAACUA